AUGUUGGAGUUUUACACGAACAUAAACCCCGGAUUGAUGCAGGAUGGCAUGCAGCCGCCGCUCUCCUGCGCCGGCAGAACAGAGUUGAGUGCGAGCAUAAAACGGGAGAAGAUAGUGGAGAUAUGCGAGGGUUGCGGACAGAAGAUCCAGGACCGGUAUCUGAUGCGCGUCGGCGAGCUGUCCUGGCACGAACACUGCCUCAGCUGCUGCGUCUGCGGCUGCCCGCUCGCUCACACCUGCUACACGCGCAACGCCAAGCUCUACUGCAAGCCCGACUACGAUAGAUUGUUCGGGGUCAAGUGCACGAGGUGCGGCGACCGUCUGCUACCACAAGAGAUGGUGAUGAGAGCCCAGCAGUACGUGUUCCACAUACAAUGCUUCGUCUGCGUGAUGUGCUGCCAACCGCUGCAGAAGGGCGAGCAGUACGUCAUCCGGGCUGGGCAGAUAUUCUGCCGGCAAGACUUCGAGAAAGAAAUGUACUUGAUGCAGCACGCAGAGGAUGACAUGAUCAUCGACGAUUCGGAGCGACCGCGCGACGGGCGCCGGGGCCCCAAGAGGCCGCGAACGAUCCUCACUUCAGCUCAACGUAGACAAUUUAAGGCCUCAUUCGAAGUGAGUCCGAAACCCUGCCGCAAGGUGCGCGAGGCUCUGGCGAAAGACACCGGCCUGAGCGUCCGCGUCGUUCAAGUGUGGUUCCAAAACCAGAGGGCCAAGAUGAAAAAGAUUCAAAGGAAAGCGAAGCAGGAAGGCGACAAGAACAACGACAAGGACAAAGACAAGGACGAGAAGAGCAUCAAGCAGGAGUCCCCGUCCAGCGAGCACGGCAACUACCUCGGCCUCGACGGCUCCUACUCCGCCUCCAGCCAGCCCCUCAACCCCAACCUGCCCUACUCGCCCGAUGACUACCCGGCGCACUCGGGUGACAGUUUUUGCAGUUCAGAUAUAUCGUUGGACGGGAGUAACUUCGACCAGUUGGACGAGGGCGCGUCGGACACUAUGAGCUUGCAGAAUCUGGAGGUGCAGCACCACUCGCACCCGCACAACGCGCACGCGCCGCAUGAGCCGCUCAACCUGGGCACCGGCGCCGUCGUCAACCCCAUAGACAAGUUGUACCUCAUGCAGAAUUCGUACUUCAGUACGGAUCAUUGAUUCACCGACAGCCGCGGUGUGAGACGGCGAG